AUGGACAACUGCAGAACGUUUGAGAAGGGCAGGAUUUACACCUUCAUUGGGGAGGUGGUGGUUUCCAUGAAUCCCUACAAGAACCUGAACAUCUACGGCCGGGACACCAUCGAGCAGUACAAGGGCAGGGAGCUCUACGAGAGGCCCCCCCACCUCUUCGCCAUCGCCGACGCCGCCUACAAGGCCAUGAAGAGGCGCUCCAAGGACACCUGCAUCGUCAUCUCAGGGGAAAGGGGAGCUGGGAAAACCGAGGCCAGUAAAUACAUCAUGCAGUACAUUGCAGCCAUCACCAACCCUGGGCAGAGGGCUGAGGUGGAGAGAGUGAAGAACAUCCUGCUGAAAUCCAACUGUGUGUUGGAGGCCUUUGGCAACGCCAAGACAAACCGGAACGACAAUUCCAGCCGGUUUGGGAAGUACAUGGACAUCAACUUUGAUUUUAAAGGAGACCCAAUAGGUGGGCACAUCAAUAAUUACCUGCUAGAAAAGUCCCGUGUGAUUGUGCAGCAGCCCGGAGAAAGGAGCUUCCAUUCCUUCUACCAGCUCCUGCAGGGAGGUUCUGACCAGCUGUUACGUUCCCUGCACCUUCAGAAGGACGCCUCAGCCUACAGCUACGUCUGUCCUGGGGCACAGAUCAAGUGUUCCAUCAAUGAUGGUGCCGAGUUCAAAGCAGUGGCUGAUGCCAUGAAAGUGAUUGGCUUCAAGCAAGAGGAGAUCCAGACUGUCUACAAAAUCGUGGCAGCCAUUCUUCACCUGGGGAACUUGAAGUUCUCCGUGGAUGGAGACACUCCCGCGAUCGAGAACGGGCAGGUGGUGUCCACCAUCGCAGAGCUGCUCUCCACCAAGGCCGACAUGGUGGAGAAGGCCCUGCUGUUCCGCACCGUGGCCACGGGCAGGGACGUCAUCGACAAGCAGCACACGGAGCAGGAGGCCACCUAUGGCAGGGAUGCCUUUGCCAAGGCCAUCUACGAGCGUCUCUUCUGCUGGAUGGUGACACACAUCAAUGACGUGAUCGAGGUGAAGGACUACGACACCUCCGUGCACGGGAAGAACACGGUCAUCGGGGUCCUGGACAUCUAUGGCUUCGAGAUAUUCGACAAUAACAGCUUCGAGCAGUUUUGCAUCAAUUACUGCAAUGAAAAGCUGCAGCAGCUCUUCAUUCAGCUGGUCCUGAAGCAGGAGCAGGAGGAAUACCAGCGAGAGGGAAUUCCCUGGAAGCAUAUUGAUUACUUCAACAACCAGGUCAUCGUGGACCUGGUGGAGCAGCAGCACAAAGGGAUCAUUGCCAUCCUGGACGACGCCUGCAUGAACGUGGGGAGGGUCACGGACGAGAUGUUCCUGGAGGCUCUCAACAACAAGCUGGGGAAGCACGCCCACUUCUCCAGCAGGAAGCUUUGUGCCACGGACAAAACGCUGGAGUUCGACAGAGACUUCCGGAUCAAACACUACGCUGGGGAUGUGAUCUACUCAGUCACUGGAUUUAUUGACAAAAACAAGGACACUUUAUUUCAAGACUUCAAGCGCCUCAUGUACAACAGCUCCAACCCUGUGCUGAAGAUGAUGUGGCCUGAAGGGAAGCUGAGCAUCACUGAGGUCACCAAGAGACCUCUGACAGCUGCUACUCUGUUCAAGAACUCCAUGAUUGCACUGGUGGACAACCUGGCACUGAAGGAGCCCUACUACGUGCGCUGCAUCAAGCCCAACGACAAGAAGUCCCCCCAGGUGUUCGAUGAGGAGCGCUGCAGGCACCAGGUGGAGUACCUGGGGCUGCUGGAGAACGUGCGCGUGCGCCGGGCGGGCUUCGCCUACCGCCAGACCUACGAGAAGUUCCUGCACAGGUAA